AUGUCUAAGAUAUGGAAAGCAUUGAGUCAGCUUGUGAGCGGUAAAACAAAUUCUCCCAAAAGUUCACACCGAACAAUACCACGUCUGGAGCUUCUUGCUAUAUUAUUAGCUCUGGGGUUAGCUACCAACAUCGUACAAACGAUCAACACUAUCAAUGAAGUUACUGUUGUCAGUGAUAGUGAAAUAGCAUCAUGUUGGAUUGAAACACCGCGCAGAGUACCAAUUUUCAUUGCAUAUCAGCGCGAUAAGGUACUUAAAUUUAAGAGUCAGUUUGAGGAAAGUGAUAUUACCGUGCGAUUCAUGCACGUUGCAACACAGCUUAACCCAGCUGAUGCUGACACGAGAGGUCUCAGCGCAUUGGAGAUAAUGAACCAUGACUAG